GCCAUUGGAGAAAAAGAAAUAAUUUUGCUCAAACAGAAAUAUCAACAAAUGUUUGCAAAUGUUGAAUCGUUCUUCAAACUUUUUGUUAAUUUAUUUCAACAGUAAUCAAUUAUAUACAUCUGUUUUAAGUUUUGAUAAGUUUGAACCAAUUUAAAUUUUAAUCGUUAGAAUUAUUAGUAAUCUUUCAAUAAUCUUUGUUGCAUGUUAUGUACUAUCAAUUUCGUGGAAUGGAACGAAUGAACGUCUUUCAGCUGAACGAAAUAUAUGAACGCUUUGUAGAUUGCAGGAUCUAAUCCCAAACACAAUAACAUGGUUGGAAAUUCAAUUGUUACCGGUGUCGUAAUGACACUAACCUCUGAUUUUAAUUAGAUCUAUAAUUUUCGGAUAAUAAUAUAAGAAUUUUUUACAAUAAUUUUUUGCGACAAUAAUUAAAUCUGUGGAGUUGGAUUAUCAUGUAUUCUGAAAGCCAAAAUGCUAACGAAGAAGAAUUCCAGAGAAUGUGGAAAAUUGCUUCUACUGCUCAAUUUGUAAAUGCAUUUCGAGAGCUUUUCAAACUGCCAGAGAUUGAAAUUCAGACUUUAGAAGAAGGUUUUUUGGGCAAAAGCAUGUAUGGAAUUAAUAUUUUGAAGCAAUUGGUUGUGGCUAUACUAAAAAGUAUCUAUCCAAAUCUUGGAGUGAGAUUGGAAAAUUAUGAAUACUUUCUUAAGAGAGUUGUUAAUAAAAUUUGGAUUACAAAAGAAACUCUAGAAGAUAAUCCAUUGAAAGAAGACCCAAAUUUUGAAAAUCUCACGCCUUUAACGAAGUUGAAUAUUGUGUAUUCAUUGUGUUUGCAUCUCCUGGAUAAAGCAACAGAUUCAAGAUCAAAGUGGAGAGAUCAAAUUUCAAAGAUGGAUAGUGACUUGUUAAGAGUCCAGCCUUUAGGCUCUGAUGAUGACGGUAAUGAAUACUGGUACUUCUAUGGUACCAGAUUGUAUAAGCAAGAGCCAGCUAAAGAGAGAAAAAUAAAAGAUUGGGAGGAGGAAUGGAAUACACAGAAGAAUACCUGCUUGGGCAAGAGAGGUCGGGGUAGACCUAGAAAAAUCAAACCUAGAAAAUCAGAUGGAGAAAGUGAGGAUUCUGAAGAGGCACUUGCUAACAGAAGUAAAUAUUUGAAUCUUGGAGAAAAGUCUCGGUGGUCUGUUGUUUGUAACACCCUUGAUGAUUGGGUAGAAUUUGCUGAAAAAUUGAAAGACAGUGAAUCUAAAUGUGAAAGAGCACUUUUUCGUACUAUCACUGACAAUUUUUUACCUGUUAUAAAUGAAGCCUAUCAAGCAAAGGAAAAAAAAUUGCAACAAAAGCUUCGUGAUUUGAUGCCAAAGAUAAACUUUACAAGGGAAUCUCGAAAAAGAAGAGUUAAAGCAAUCUCUCGCAGUCCUGAGAUUGAUUAUGAAAACAGGGAAUAUUUAACUAGGAGUAGAGAACAUCGACUGAAGGAAAGAAAUCGUCGUUUAAAUGAAAGUGCUGAAAAUGCAUCAAGAAGACGUUCUAGAAGCAGAAUAUCACCUGAUAUAAAUUAUGAUGAUUUUGAUGAGGAGAUUAGUAAAAGCCCCAGAAAUGGGAUAUCAUAUUCAGAAAAUAGUGAUAUAGACUUUGCUGAAACUACAAGAAAUAAAGAAUCGAUUGAGGCAAAAGCUAAUGAAAUUAUGAAAGAUUACAUUCCUCUUGUUAGCAACAAUAGUGACAACAAAUCUCUAGUGCUGAGUGUGUUUACUCAACUUAAGUUAGAUAAAAAUUCCUAUCCAUUUCACUACGGAAUUGAUAAAAAAGAAUUUCCAGAUUAUUAUGAUAUCAUUUCAGUACCUAUGGAUUUAUCGAGAAUGGAAAGAAAACUAAGAAUGAAUAUUUACAAGACUGCAGCUGACAUUGAUGAUGACUUUAAAAUAAUGGUAGAAAAUUGUGAACUCUACUUUGGAGCAGAUAGUGAAAGAUCUAUAAUGGGAAGACAUACUUGGAGAUUAUUCAGAAGACUUAUGAAAAACUUGUCUGCUACGCCAAAGCAGACUGAGAAGACUUCAGCGGCAAAUGGAAUUGGGCAAAAAGUGAAUCAUGAAUUGUUCAAAGAAAGGAAGACAACUAAUGUAGUUUCUACACCAAAGCAGAGUGAAAAGGUUUCAGUGGAGAAUGUAAUUGGGCAAAAAGAGAAUCCUAAGUUGUUCAAGGAAAAGAAGACAGCUAAUGUAGUUUCUAAAAGAUCUGAGCGUAGUAGGAAAAUGCGAAAACGCCUCAAUAAUGAAGCAUUGGAGAUAUUAUCCAAAGAAGCUGAAUUGGCAGUAGAAAGAUCCCAAAGCAUGGAUGAGGAACACUUUCGAAAUUCCUCUCAAAAGAUAAAGAAAUUUACGCAAUUUUCUGAUCUAAAAGUUGAGCCAAUUCACAGCCAUCCUUCUAACUUAAUUGAAAAACUCAUGCCUAAUUCCUCUAAUCAAGAAAAUAAUGAGACUUACUGUAAUAAGUCUUCAUCCACUGAUAAUCACAGUUCUGAGGACAUCCUGCCUGACACAUCUUAUGAUCAUCAAUGUUUACCUGAAAAUAUGGAAGUAAAUGAUCAUGAAUCCAAUGAGAAAAACUCAAAUUCUUCACAAUUAAUUGUUAAAAACCCUGAAAUUUUUAAUGGUAUUUCUGUUGAAAGUGGAGCAAAUCUGGAAAUUUUGAGUGACAGUGAAAUGGAUCCACAUUCUGCAUCCAACUGUUUAUCAUCUGAAUUUGCUAGUAAUAAUUUUAGAGAUCAAAAAUCUAGUAGUGAUGAGGAUUUUAACAAUUUUUCAGGAGCUUCAGAUAAUCCUAGUAAUACGGAUUUCACUUCAGAUUUACUAAUUGAAGAAUCUGAUGGUCUUGGUACAUCUCCUAGCAGUAAUUCCCAGGAAUCUUAUCGUUCUCAUGAUUCAAAUAGCUCUGAUUCAAGUGUCGAAGAUCUAGCUAAAUACAGUCCACAUCAAGGUGAAAGUAAUGCCACUUUUCUUAAUGGAUAUGGAUAUGCUAGUUUUACACCUGGGAAUGAACCUACUGGAUCUUCUACUGUUGAUGCUUCAUGUUUAGGUCUUGCUUCCACAAAUAUUUCUAAGAGGCAUCAAGUAGAAAAUGAACCCAAAACUUCUGUUGUAGAGAAUAUUUCUCGGGCUUCUUUAAUUUAUAAUGGAAAUCAAAAUUCAUACAAUAUUUUUGGUGAAUUAAAUCCAAGAAGCAAAGAAUUUUCUGAAAAUCAACCAGAGACUAGGACUUCAAAUUCUGAGAAUCGACUUAUGCAAGAUCAGUUUCCACAUCAGGAAAUUUCCAAAGAUGAAGCAGCUUCUACUAUCCAAACUCAGACUAUGCAGGUUCCAUUAAUCAAUCAAGUACCAUCGAAGAGCCCACUUUUGUAUUCCUCUUAUUCACAUCAGUUUACUCAAGGACAGAUUGAAAAUCAAACUCAUUUUAGACAAUCUGCAUUAUCACCAGAGCAGGAGCAACAUUGCAAGUCACAGGAUUUAGAGCAUUCACAAAGCCUGUCAAAAUGUUCUCCAUCUUUUUUAUCCAAUGGAAAAGCUCAAGACCAAGGAAAUACUGAGAACCAGUCAAUUUGUAGUUCAAAGUUUACUUCAAACCAAGAAGUUGAUAGUUUAGCCUAUUCCAGAAAUCAUCAGACCUGCUCAUCUGCAUCUUCAUUUCAAAAUUCAACAUUUUCUAAAAGUAAUACUAUACUGCAACAGGGACAAUGUAUGGAGGAGCAAGAAAAUGUGGAUAGUCAGGAAGAGCAUUUUCCUUCACAAAAAGAGGUAGAAAAUCAUGAUUCUGCCAAAACUGAUCAAAGAUAUUCUUCUGCCUCCUCUUCAUCUCAGGAAAUGCAAAGCCAAGAAUCUGGUAGUGAUUUGACACAGAGUCAUACUAUGCAUCAAGAAUCGCAGACUCCUCUGUCAGUUAAUGAAGAACAUAACAAAAACCAAUCUAAAUAUUGUGCCUUUUCUUCCUGUCAAGAAAUACAAGGACCAGAAAUGAUUAAAUCAAAAUAUUAUACUCAACCCUCUUCAUUUCCACUUGCUACUUUGAAAGAUCAGGAUCCUGAUGAAAGUCAGCAAAUUCAUCGACUUAAUACCUCACAUGAUGUAACUCAAAAGCAGAGGUUUACAAAAAGCCAGAUGAAAAGUUCUAACAUUUCAUAUCAGAAUAAACAAGUAUCCGACCAAAUGAGGUUUAAUUCAUAUCAGGAAGUAGACAAUAGAGAAAAUAAUAGCCAGUCUAUGGCUUCUGUCACAUUUUGCACUGAUCAGAAUCUCAAGAAUCAACAUUCUGCAAAAAAUCAUCCAUUGUAUUUGAAUCAAUAUAUUUCUGAAAACCAGCCAAAAUAUUCACCAACUCUAUCUGCUCAUCAGGAGAUAAAUCAUCAUCAAUCAACUAAAAAUCAGCUUAGAGGUUCACCUACUCUAUCUGCAUGCCAAGAAACGAACCAUCAACAACAACCAGCUAAAAGUCAAUCUAGAUAUUCACCUACUUUAUCUAUACAUCAGGAAAUGAAUAAUCAGCAACUAGCUAAUAAUCAGUCUAGAUGUUCACCCAAUGCUUCUGCAUACCAAGCAAAUGCUAAAAGUUUUGUUAAAAUUCAUAAAAAUUCAUCUUCCUGUACAUCUCAAAUUAUAGAUGAACAAGAAUCCGCUAGAAUCCAUACCAGGUAUUCACCUACCUUUUCUAAUCAGGGAGUUCUUAUUCAAGAAUCUACCAAAACUUCAGUUCAACAGAUGCAUAAUGAAUCACUUAGCUUGCCUCCUGGCAUACAGAAUCAAGUUCCAGUCGAAACAUCAGCGUUUGAUUUUAGGAAUAUUUUUUCUUCAUUUAAUUCCUCUAAUACCUCUACACAAGUUACUGAACCAUCAUCUUCAGCUAAUUCUGCAAUGCAAAUUCCAUCUCAAGUCUCUGUAUCUCAUUCUAAUCAAAACCACAUGACUAAGUUAAAUUUUCCUUCAGUGAAAGUUCAACUGCCACCAUCAUCUGGUCAGCUUAUAGUUGUACCUGGAGAUCCUUCAUCUAUGACUUUCCAUUUGUUUGCUAAGCCAGUAGCAGAUCCUUCACAACCCAUUCGAUCUAGUUUGGAAAUUCAUGCCGAUAAUCAGAUGAGAAAUCAAGAUUGCCCAGAGAAUAUUGAUGUUGAGUCUGAUUGCCAAGUACCAAGCAAGAAUCCUAUGAAGAAAGAUACUGCGCAAGCCCCUCGAAAACAAAGUUCUCCCAUACUAGGUUUGCAACAUUUAGCUUUAAAUCCUAGAAAAUCACCUACCUCACCUUCUUUGAAAAAUAAGCACUUUGAUAAUUCAUCAAAUUCAAAUAGAAGUUUAGACCCCAGUCAUAAAAGCCCUCCUGCUUUAGCUAAUGCUUCUUCUGUGUUAAAACCAAAUGCAGCUCUAGUGCGACCUUUGGAUCCAGUUAAUUCCAGUGCCUCUUUCAUGCAACAGCAUUCAAGAAACAGUAAUUCUUUUCAACAAGAAGCAUUUUUACAGCAAACAGAGGCCUUAAGAAAUGUACCUAUGAUUUUUACCAAGGGGAAUUCUGUUUCUACAAACUCUGUGCCAGCAGUGUCUAUAAAUGUCAAUAACGGCCAAAGAUCUAUUAUUCCUAAUAACUUACAAAAUGCUCUGAUGCAGAAUAGCAAUGGACAGUAUGUGCUAAUACCUUCUAAAGAUAUGCUAUUGAAUAAUGUAGACCACAAUUUAAAAGUGAAGAAUUCGGAAAGGUCACCACCAAUUUAUCACAACAAUGUGAUGCAAAACCUUUCUUUCCAAAAUGGACACUUGAAUUCUGUCCAAAUGUUGCCACAAGUUCAUUUACCUUACGUUAACCCAUACUAUGUCGUUACGAAUUCCAGUGCAUUCCAGAAUCCAUCUAGAUAUCCUGUGAUGAAUAUGCAGUCGAUUCCUUUUCAAAGAUAGCAUUUCUGAGCAACUUAUAAAUUUUGUACAAUAAACUAUACUGUCAUCAUCACUUCAUAUUUCAAGUUCUUCAUACAUUAAAGUACAAACAUUUUUUUGUGAACAUCUUUCCAUACUUUUACUAUUUUAUGAUAAAAGAUGCAUUUAAUGCAUUAUGUUGUAUUUUAUUACAUGAAUACUCAUUUAUGUUUUAUAUUGUGCUUUAUGAAUAAUACUAAAAGAGCAAGCACAAUAAAAAUAUAAUAAAAAUUUAAAUCAAGC